AUGUUGACGGACGAGGAGCAGAUGCUUCGGGAAUCUGUCUCACGGUUCGCGACUGAAGUCGUUGGUCCUAAGGUCCGGGAAAUGGACGAGCAGGAGAUGAUGGACCCCGAGAUCAUCAGGGGCCUCUUCGAGCAAGGGUUGAUGGGGAUAGAAACCCCUGCGGAUCUAGGCGGAGCCGAAUCCUCGUUCACCUCCGCAAUCAUCGCCAUAGAAGAGCUCGCGAAAGUUGAUCCUUCCGUCUCAGUACUAUGCGACGUGCACAAUACCCUCGUGAACACGAUAUUCCGCAAGUACGCUACGAAGGAACAACAGGAGAAGUGGUUGCCUCAACUAUCAGAGAACAAGCUCGGCUCGUUCUGUCUCUCCGAACCUGCUUCCGGAUCGGAUGCGUUCGCUUUGCAAACACGAGCGAAGAAGGAUGGCAGCGACUGGGUCAUCAACGGCUCCAAGAUGUGGAUUACAAAUUCUUACGAGGCCGAGAUCUUCCUGAUAUUCGCUAAUGUGGACCCCUCGAAAGGGUACAAGGGCAUCACCUGCUUCGUCGCGACGAAGGACAUGGGGAUCCAAAUAGCCAAGAAAGAGCAGAAGCUCGGCAUCCGCGCCUCGUCUACGUGCACGCUCAACUUCGACGACCUCCGUGUCCCAGAGGAGAACGUGAUCGGUCAGGUCGGCCAGGGUUACAAGAUUGCGAUCGAGAUCCUCAACGAGGGCCGGGUCGGCAUCGCGGCGCAGAUGGUCGGGCUCGCGCAGGGGGCGUUCGCCAAGGCCGUACCCUACACGUACGAGCGCAAGCAAUUCGGGCAGCCGAUCGGGACCUUCCAAGCGAUGCAGCACCAGAUCGCGGCCGCGGCGACGGAGAUCGAGACGGCCAGGCUGCUGACGUACAACGCCGCGAGGCGAAAGGAGAACGGGCUGAGCUUCACGAAGGAGGCGGCGAUGGCCAAGUGGUGGGCGAGCGUCGUCGCGCAGAAGGUCAGCGGCGCCGCGAUUGAAUGGGCGGGCGGCGUCGGCUUCACGAGGGAAACGGGCAUCGAGAAGUACUGGAGGGACUCGAAGAUCGGAGCUAUUUAUGAGGGCACCUCAAAUAUUCAGCUCAACACCAUCGCCAAAUUCAUCCAAAAGGAGUACUCAUAA